AUGGUUGCUGAAACUAUCACAAAGAAGAAUAUCGUUAUUAUUGGAGGUUCAUGCGCAGCUAUUGGUGGUGCAUUGGCAUGGAAAGUCAACCCUUCUCCUACACAUCGUCUGGUUAUCAUCGAAACAAAAUCUCACUUCAACCAUGUCUUUGGCUUCCCUCGUGCGUCUGUCAUUGGUGGCUUUGAGCGUGAAUUGUUUGUGCCCUAUGCCAAUCUGUUUGGUGGAGAUGAUAGCAUAGGAAAGGUCAUCAAUGCCAAGGCUGUAAAGAUCAAUGCUAAUUCAGUUGAACUUGACCGAGAAGUUACUGGGUUUGGAAAAGAAAUUGAAUUUGACUAUAUGAUCUAUGGUGCUGGUACAACCAUUCCAUCUCCUGGUCGAUUGACCUGUGACACCAAGAAGGAAGGCAUUAGUAUUCUUAAGAACUACCAGAAAAUCAUCAAGGAUUCUAAGCGUCCCAUCAUUAUUGGUGCUGGUGCAGUUGGACUAGAAUUGGCUGCUGAGAUCAAGGAACAUUAUCCUGAGAAGGAAGUGACUUUGUUGCAUUCCCGUGACAGAUAUCUUCCUCGUUACAAGAUCAGCUUGCACGACAUUACCUACAAUAUUCUCAGAAAGCAUGGUGUCCGCCAGAUUAUAGGUGACCGUGUUAUUCUUCCGGCAGGUGGCUUUCCUCUACAGGUCAAACCCAUUACAGUCAAAACCAAGGGCGGAAAAGAGAUUGAGGGUGAUUUGGCUAUUAUGUGCAUUGGUAUGACUCCUAACAGUAAUUUGAUUGCCGAGCUUUCACCCAAGUCCAUCAACCAUGAGAAUGGUUUUAUCAAAGUCAAGAACACCAUGCAGCUUGAAGAUAGUGCUUAUCCUCACAUAUUCGCGGCAGGGGAUGUAAUUGAUCACAAAGAUGUCAAGACAGGUCAUUUUGCGUGGAUGCAAGGCAUGGCAGCCUACGACAACAUCCGUAAACUUACAGAAGGAAUGCCUUAUGAGAAGUUAGAGCCUUAUGUCAGCAAGGAUGUUGCAUUAAUCAAGUUGAUUCUUGGAGAUAAAGAGGCGUCAAUGCAGACAAAUGUAUUUGGACCCUUGAUUACUGUGGGCUCAUGGAUCGCAGGUCGCUCCAUUCCUCGCAAUGUAUAUGCCUCUGCAGCCUGGGGCUGGGUCGAUACUCCUUUGGAUGAUGAACAUUCUGACCAAUGA